AUGGAACAUUCCUUUCAAAAUCUCUCCCUCAAUUCGCCGAGGAAAACCCGCGAUCCAGGGGGAGGGGUUCCUCAUAUAAACCCCGGGGGGAGGGCACGAUAUGACACUGUGGUCGAUUCUAUACCACACAGGGAAGAUAUAUCGGGAUAUUAUCACUCCAAACGGGAGUCCAAGGAAGAAAAAACGCCAAAGUACACAUACUACCCUAUAACAAAUGUGUGGCAAAAAGAGAAGUCCAGAUUGUUGGAUAUUCCGCUAGAAAAAUAUAUAAACUGUGCCGAUAUGAAACAAUUUAGUCAAACUUCCCCGCCAAAACAAACUCUCACGGUCCGCGGGGAUGGCAACUGCUUUUUUCGCGCCAUCAGUGCAGUGGUGUCUGGUUCGGAAGCGGAACAUAUGACGGUUCGGACGGCGGUCACCAAACAUGUUAGCGACCACCCGGAUAUGUAUAGAACAUUUCUCCUGAGUAGAGGUGGAAUGACUAAAUACAUUUCAAGUAUGAAAAGGUCACGAGAGUGGGCGACAGACACGGAGAUCAUGGCAACGGCUACUCUGCUGAGGACCGUUAUAAUGGUGUACUCUCCCAUUCAAUUUGGCGGGAAAACAGAAUAUCAUUGGCAGACGUUUAAACCCUUAGACAACACAGAAAUGACGCACCCUGUGAUAUAUCUAUCAAAUAAAAACGAACAUUUUGACCCAGUAUUAGAUGUAGAAACAGAGGACACAUUACACACCAAACCGAAAUCGCUGCAGUACUGA